GCUCGCCGGAGCCCCAAGAAACCCCACCUCUCGCCACCGCGCAGCAGCGCCCACCGCCUCUGCUCUCCAGCGCCGGCGAGCGAUGGACAGGUUCCACGACAGGCAGCACGUGCGGCUGCGGAGCCGCGUGCACGGCACCUACCUCCACGCCAACGACGACGGGCGGAGCGUCUCCCUCCGCAGUCGCCGCGCGACGCUGGAGACGGCGUGGACGGUGCACAUCUACCGAGGCAACGACGGCACGUACCUGCUCCUCCACAGCGCCGCCUACGGCCGCUACCUCGCCGCCACGGCCACGCGGGCGCCGCUCGCGCUCGGCAACCUCGGCUUCCGCGCCGAGCUGCGCGACUACGACCAGCCGGAGGUGGGGGCCAUCAUGUGGCGGGCCGUGGAGGCGGGUUCCGGCGGGGACGUCAUGCUACGCAACGCCGGCGGCCGCUACCUCCGCGCCAACGGCAGGCACCUCCCCUGGAACACCCGCGUCAGCGUCGACGACGCCAACAACACCAGCACCAUGAUGUGCUGGACCCUCCAGACCGUCCCCUCCAGAAUGGAUGUGCCUAUCCCUCAUUAUCCUGUUCGCUCCCCCGGCGACUGGUUCGGGCUCAGGCCGGGGGUGUGGCGGACAAUCCGGUUCGUGCGGGCGAACGGAGAGGGGUUCUACGCCGAGGAGGAAGGCUGGGAUGCCUUCCCUUUCAGGGGGAGGUCCGUGCACCAUUUGAGGGACGAGCUGUCCACCCGCGUCAACCUGCACAUCUUCGACCUCGUCGCAUGCGUCCGAGCGGGCCGCUACGGGAGGCCGACGCCGCUCGUCGCCAACCUGCCCCAUGGCGGCGCCGGGGAAACCCUCGAGAUCGUCGUCGUCCAGUGCGGGACUCCUGAUUUUGGUGUCGAUUUCCUGAAUGUCCAUGAUCGGCUUGUGCUUGAGAAACAGUUUACUGAAACUGCUAAAGUCUUUAUAUGGAAAGUGCUGGUUACAGUCAAACUUGAUUCAGACAAUUCAGUUCCUCUGUUUGGUCCUAUUCGCCGCCAGUAA